AAGAACUAAAACCAAACAAGAUGGCCAUCGCCGCUUUCGGUUUACAUCGUGUUUCCAUCCUUGAAUAAUACGGAUGAUUUACGAAUAAAUGAGUUAUAAAUUGUGCAUAUUUGAGCUGUAGAUUCAACAACGAAAAAUAAAUAAGUGACGAAAAUUUCGGGUUAAACCCGGUGGUUGAUUGAAGGCUUGCUAUGAUCAAAUUGACCGUGUUUGGAUUUACGAUGCAAAAAUGAAAAUAUUUUUAUGUUCAGAAGACGUUGUGGAGUUCGAAAUAACUGGAAAUUAAUUUGCAUAUAAAAGCAAUUGUGCAUUGAAUCCUCUUUCGGAAUUUUGAGUGCAUUUUUUCAAAGGGACGUUCCGGUGAAACUUGCGGUUCGAACAUAACCUAAAAGCUUGCUGUCGCAUUCAGGAAGCGGCGUGUGGAGGGUUUCAAUUUUGAAGUUUUAAACCACAAAAAGGUGGAAAUGGUACCUUUAGGACCUAGUCCGGGGCAUCAAGCCUCUCUUAAUAAUUCUUCGAGUACCCCAACUAGUGGGACGAAAGGAAGUUCUGCUGCUAAACCUAAUUACGCUCUGAAAUUUACACUGGCUGGGCAUACUAAAGCAGUUUCUUCUGUUAAAUUCAGCCCGAAUGGAGAAUGGCUAGCAAGUUCGUCGGCUGACAAACUCAUAAAAAUUUGGGGCUCUUAUGAUGGAAAGUUUGAGAAAACCAUUUCGGGACAUAAGCUAGGAAUCUCUGAUGUAGCUUGGUCUAGCGAUAGUAGACUUUUAGUAUCCGCAUCAGACGAUAAAACACUCCGAAUUUGGGAACUAAGUUCCGGCAAAUGUCUGAAGACACUAAAAGGCCACACGAAUUACGUAUUUUGUUGUAAUUUCAAUCCGCAAUCAAAUCUCAUAGUUUCGGGCUCGUUUGACGAAAGCGUUAGAAUAUGGGACGUCAGGACUGGAAAGUGCUUGAAAACAUUACCAGCCCAUUCCGAUCCUGUAAGUGCUGUUCAUUUCAAUCGAGAUGGUUCCCUAAUUGUAUCAAGCAGUUACGAUGGUUUAUGUCGAAUAUGGGACACGGCCUCGGGUCAAUGUUUAAAAACCCUCAUAGAUGAUGAUAAUCCACCCGUCUCGUUUGUCAAGUUUUCACCAAAUGGAAAAUACAUCCUGGCCGCCACACUCGAUAACACCUUGAAAUUGUGGGAUUAUAGUAAAGGAAAGUGUCUGAAAACCUACACAGGCCAUCGAAAUGAAAAAUACUGCAUAUUCGCCAAUUUCUCCGUCACUGGUGGAAAGUGGAUAGUUUCGGGGUCAGAGGACAAUAUGGUGUAUAUUUGGAAUCUUCAAACGAAAGAAAUCGUACAAAAAUUACAAGGCCAUACAGACGUUGUUCUCUGCACAACUUGUCACCCGACAGACAACAUAAUCGCUUCCGCAGCUUUAGAGGGUGAUAAAACGAUAAAAUUAUGGAAGAGCGAUACAUAGAUGAAGUUUAGCUCUUCCACUAAGGUCUGUACAAAUUCUGCGUUCGUCUUAGAAAGCUACUAUUAUCAUAAAUCAUAAUAUUAAAGUGUAAAUCAGUGAUAAUAUUAUUUUCAUAAAUAAACAAACAAUACAGUUGUUAAAUAUUGGUAACUGGAGAGGUAGUUUUUCAAAUUUUAAUAUAUCCGCCAAAAAUUUAGAACACGAUUUCGCUUUGCAUUGGCAAGGUAUGUAUUGCUUAUUUUUAUCCAUACUUCGUAUUUAAAGUACUGUACAAAGAUGACACGAUUCUACGGCAGCAGAAUAGAUUUUUCUCAUUUUGUGUGGCUGUUCAGGUAGGAUUUAAAAGUAUGAAUUUUGGAGUUGACACCAACUAAUAAACAAAAGUCUGUUU